GUGAGCGGCAUGAGUUAGCGGCAGUAAUCUGUGAAUCAGUGGAGAAAGAUGAUGGCGGACGAGAAGUUGUUCUUCUCGAAUGCCGUCCAACAACUGGCCAGAUGUCUAGCUGCUAUCAAGCCUACGCCAUGGGAGAAAGUAGCCAAAUUGUACAAGUUGUGUCCACAAGAUUCUGCUCAGGGUGUAUACCGUUUGGACCAGAGGGGUCAGGAUGCGACGAUUGCAUUGGGAAUUUAUUUUCUGGAAUCCGGCCUGCAACACAGAGAUCGGAUUUUACCGUAUCUAUUGAGAUUAUUACGUGGUCUUCCGAAAGCAGUUUGGCGGGAUGAAGUGAGAUGUUCAUUGGCUGAGAGAGUUCCAGUCGCGGAACGCUUCAGCUUCUGCCUGAAUACAUUGUUGAGCGAUGUGGCUGCCAGGUGCGAGCCAGCACGGGAAGAGAUCAUCUCGACGCAGGUCGAAAUACUCGCGGUCUUGACCAAUCUGAUACGUGGAUACAAGGAUCAAAACAGUAACAGGGGUUUGCAGGCGAAAAUAUCGUUGUGCAAAUGCCUGGUGCCGGUGCUGAUUGGAUUGGCUCGCUCGAUGGGUCGCUUCGCGUGCACGGAUCCGCCAUUGCUCUGUCGUAUCUUUCCACGACGGGAGACCCCGUCGCCAGCAGCCAACACAGAGAGCCGCUCGAUGCCCGACAAGAAGCAGCACAGCUUCUCGAACUUCAGACCGAUCAUACCGCGAUCGCUGAGCGGCAACUUCAAUUCUUGCAUCGACAAUACGCCCCAAUUGCUGUCGGCUUACGACAAUCACGACUAUCAUUGCGGCAAGAGGCCGUCGUUGCAAUCUUCCCUAUCUGUACCAUACGACCCCACGACGUACUUUUUCAGCCGCUAUGGAUCGAGCUUCAAUCAGUUCCCGCAAAUGCGCUGCAACGAGAGCCCCGAAAGAAGAGCCGGCAUGCAGUUUACCGUAGUGCAUCUGCAGAGCGUGCUAGCUUUGGCCAAAAAAUUACUCACCAAGGAGAUACUGACGUUUUUGGAUGAAGAAGCGCAGCAAGUUUACAGCUCCGGCCAAGUGCACAUCUUCCCAUAUCGUACGUUUAGCGAGACGAUGAAUUUAGUGAUGGUGGCAUUGUUGCGCGAGUUGCUGCAGAAUCAGCGCGACUUACCGGCUCCGUUCACGAGGGACGUGCAGGAGUUCGUCAAGGGUCUAUUUCUGUCGGGUCAAACAGAGCUGCAGUCGCGACAGCACGACGCGAGCGAGCGUGAGGACAUCGAUACGAAUUUCCGGACGGUGAAUCGCUUCAAAGUGAACGUGAUGGCCAACUCCGCGUGCGUUGACCUGCUGGUUUGGGCGAUCGGUGACGAAACAGUAUCCGAAGAAUAUGAUUUGUCCGCGCUGUUCGCAGAUAUCGGUUCGAUGCUGAUCGGCAAGGGCGCGGACAGUUUGUGCGGACGACUCGUGGAGAAAAUCAAUUCCAAUCAUGGACCCAAGUUGGUGCUGGCCCACAUGCCGUUACUCAUGGUUUGCCUGGAGGGGCUAGGAAAACUGGCGCAGAAAUUUCCCAACAUAGCGAGCACUUCGAUCUAUUAUCUGCGGGACUUCCUCGUUGUACCGUCGCCAAUUCUUCUGAAGUUACAUCAACAGCACAGCGAACGCACCAUGAAAGAGCACCAGUUCAAAGUUCUCGUUCAAGGGAAGGAAAUCAGCGACAUGAAACAGACGACGUCGUCGGUGCAGACGGCCUUUGAGAAACUUCGGGACGCGGCCAUUGGCAAUCUCUGCAUCGCCUUGGAAGCCGCGCACUCGGUGAACCCGGAUUGUGUACCGGCGCUCGUAGCCAGUGUCUCGAACAGAUUGUUCACCGCGGACAUAUGCGACAGUUGGAUAUCUCCUUUCGGUUUCAGUGAAAACGAUGAGAAGUCGAACAGCGAAGUUAUCUCGAAGAACAUCGUCAUCAUGUUGGGUCACGUGGCUGUGGCGCUGAAGAACACGCCAAAGACGAUGCGCACGAUCUUCCCGUUUUUCCAGCAGCUCUUCUGCCGCACCCCCAGCGACCUGGAUUUCCUCAUAGUUGAUCAGUUGGGCUGCAUGAUCAUUGCCAAGUGUGAACCAAAGAUUUAUGAGGGGAUAAUGCAAAUGUUCUCCAUGUCACUGGGCUCGAGUACGGCCACAUACGCGGCGAACGACGACCGCAAGCAGUACUGUCACGUCUCCAAGGCGGUAACGAACGCGUUGGCGAACAUAGCAGCGAAUCUGCAAGGCGAAACCGAACUGGACGACUUGCUGCUGCAUCUUCUGGAGUUGUUCGUGCAGUUAGGGCUCGAGGGUAAACGCGCUAGCGACAAGAUGCCGAACAGUAUCGCCGCAACGAAAGCAGCGAGCAGUGCCGGGAAUUUGGGAGUGCUUAUUCCGGUGAUCGCGAUACUGGUGCGACGUCUGCCACCGAUCAGGCAUCCGCAGAAGCGGCUCCUGAAGCUGUUCAAGGAUUUUUGGUUGUAUUGUGUCAUAAUGGGUUUCGCUGCCGAUCAUCCCUCGAAAUUGUGGCCGUCCGAGUGGUACGAAGGCGUUAAAGAGAUCGCCGUCAAGUCACCCUACCUCAUCUCCCAGACCAGCGCUCGCCUCGAGAUGCGAGAAUUGCAGUACACGUCAGCGGUGCGCAACGACAGUGUCUCUUUGAAUGAAUUACAGGAACUGCGCAGCCAAGUAUUGAAGAUCAGCACCCGUACGAACGACAUAUCGGCUUACGUGACUAAGCUGCAGUUCGCGCAGUGCACCUACUUGUUGUCCGUCUAUUGGUCGGAAACAUUACGAGUGGCUAACAGCCCCGAGCCCAGUCUGCAGCCGAUAAUGGAGUAUCUGUGCGACACGGAUCUGCAGAAGGAUAAAAGCGGCAUGUGGCAGUGCAUAUGCUGUGUAGCAGACUCCGUCUUCGCGAAGUUCAAGGAUGUGAUGCAGCGCAAGCCGAAGGACGAGCAACGUGAGCGAGAGCUCGAGAAUCACGCGCAGUUCCUAUUGGUGCGCUUCAAUCACGUGCACAAGCAAAUCAGGCGGGUCGCGGACAAAUACCUGAGCGCUUUAGUAGACGCUUUCCCGCACCUGUUGUGGAACUGCAAGGUUCUCUGGAGUAUGUUGGACAUAUUACAGAUUUUAUCGUAUUCGUUGCAACUUGACCCGAACGAAGAGAGUCCUAGUCUAAGAAUACCCGGCACACCGUACAGCAUUGAAUUGAUGAAUACCAUCGAAGCAAGAGAAAUUAUCGUGAAGGAUUUCACCGCGAGAUGUAAGGGAAUAGUGCAGGAGGCUAUGAAGUGGGCGCCGCAAGCCACCAGGUCGCAUCUGCAAGAAUACAUCAACCAGAUACCGUCUUCCGGAAUGUGGCAUCAUUCUGGCUUGUCGUUGGCCAUCGACUCGGUCCUCGAAUUUGUGGACACCGCAAUUCCCACAGUGGCCCCGGCAAAUACGAACUCCUUGGACAAGAGACCACGCGGUCCUAAAGGCGCGAGCUCGUGGCUCCUGUCGAUGAUGUCUACGAGAUCGUGGCAUGCCGGCGAAGUAGCGGGCAUGCUCGCCCUCGCGCGUACCGAGUCGCCGACGGUGGAGAUGUCGUUGGAAGAGAGCAGGGACAAGGUCGUCGACAGAUUGAUCGAGGCCGUUCGCCGCGCCUGUCAGGAUCGCAACGAUGCCGCCCAUCGUGGAGCUCUAUGGCGUGCCACUGCUCUGUUAAUAUCCAUGCCUGGGAUACACAGACGAUUACUGAACACAGUCGCGUGCUCGCAAAUAGAACUAUUCACUACCGCGGUCAUGACCACCGCGGUUGAGUGUUGGCAAUGGAUCCUCACCGUACGGCCGGACUUGAAGUUGCGUUUCCUGCAGGAGAUGCUGCUCGCAUGGCAGUACACCGUUGAUAAGCGGAUGGGUCUGUUCGCUCCGAACGAGGAGGAGGUCAGCCCUCUCGCGGUCUACGAGGGCUGCAAGCUGGGCCCGAAUCCGCCUCACAUAAAGCCUCACGAUAUCUGGGUGACGUUCAUCGUGGAGCUCAUCGAGACGGCCAAGUACUGUUGCCAGGAGACGGUCGACAUGAUCGCCAUGCUGCUGCAUCGUUCGUUACCCAUGACCGUCGGCGCAUCCGGUGAGGAACCUGGAAUCAACCGGCACGUCGCCGCGGUUGGCGUGCGCUUCAAGCUGCUCUCGUGCGGCUUGGUGUUACUGCAGGGUGACGUUCUGCCGAGGACCUUGAGCAAGAAUGUCCUGCGAGAACGCGUGUAUUCCAAUUGCCUGGACUACUUUUGCCGGGAACGCCAGUUGCCGACCCAAGAGAUCGACCAAUUAGGCGAGGAUAUAGUUACGCUCAUACGAUUUUGGCAGGUGAUGCAUAGCGACAAGAAGUAUUUAAUGAUGACAGGGGCGGAUAACGAAUUCGAGAUAGUGACCUCCCAGAGUUGCACAACCGCGAUGAUCGUGCCAAGUGAGACGAUCGGCUCAUUAGCCGCUACUCUGGCUCCCACGCCCAACGAAUACUCCAAGUCGUCCAGUAACGUGUGGAUGAACACUAUGCCGAUGUCGACUAGCAGUAAUACGUUGGAUAAACGCAGCAAUCGCAGCAAACGAGUCAUGAACGCCAGUGUUUUUGUGAAGGACUACAUCAAAAAGAGAAAUUUGAUCCUCGAGCUGUUGGCGGUCGAGAUCGAAAUGCUGCUGGUCUGGCGCAAUCCCAGCGGUAGGCCAGAGCUUGCGCUGCAAGGGGAGGGAAGUAUCGCGGACUGGCGCGCCAAAGCGAUGAACGAUCGUUGGCGUGAGUACACGCGACUCGCCUGGGAAAUCAGUCCUGUCUUAGCGAUAUUCUUGCCGGUGCGAUUGAAGAACUCCGAGGUCAUCAUCAAGGAGAUUUGCGGCUUGGUGCGCCUUAAACCCGUCCCUGUCAUGCAUGUUUCGGAAGCGUUGCAGUACCUCGUCACGACAGAUACUCUGCUCAACGAUGUACCUGAAUUAGUUUAUAUGUUGACAUGGGCGAGAGUGUCUCCGAUCCAAGCACUGGCGUACUUUUCGCGACAAUUCCCGCAUCAUCCUAUCUCGGCGCAAUACGCGGUGCAAGUAUUGGACAGUUAUCCCGCCGACGCCGUGCUCUUCUACAUACCUCAAUUGGUUCAAGCCGUCCGUCACGAUACCAUGGGUUACGUUAUCGAAUUUAUCAAGAAAAUCGCCAAACGGUCGCAGGUGGUGGCGCAUCAACUGAUCUGGAAUAUGCACACGAAUAUGUACAUGGACGACGAGAAGCAAGUCAGAGACCCCUUAUUGUACGACAUUCUGGAUUCAUUGUCGAAAAAUAUCCUGAGCGCACUGUCCGGCCCGGCGAAACAGUUUUACGAGAGGGAGUUUGACUUCUUCGAUAAGAUCACCAACAUCUCGGGUGAAAUCCGACCGUAUCCCAAGGGGCCAGACCGUAAGGCUGCGUGCUUGGAAGCUUUGGCAAGGGUGCAGGUACAGCCCGGUUGUUAUCUACCAUCGAAUCCCGAAGCGAUGGUCAUCGACAUAGAUUACAAGAGCGGUACACCCAUGCAGAGUGCCGCUAAAGCGCCUUUCUUAGCGCGUUUCAAAGUGCAAAGAUACGGCAUUAACGAGCUGGAGAACAUCGCGUUAGCGGUGUCCACUAAUGGGAAGGUUGAGAGCAAGAGGGAAGCGGACGAGCAGACUUGGCAGGCUGCUAUUUUCAAGGUCGGCGACGAUGUCAGGCAAGAUAUGUUAGCUCUGCAAGUAAUCAGCAUCUUUAAGAACGUUUUCCAGAAGGUCGGCCUGAACCUAUUCCUAUUUCCAUACAGAGUCGUCGCCACGGCUCCUGGGUGCGGCGUGAUAGAGUGCGUGCCGCACGCGACGUCGAGAGAUCAGCUCGGCCGCACGACCGACAGCGACAUGUAUCAGUAUUUCAUCACGCAACACGGCGACGAGACGACCAAAGAAUUCCAGAACGUGCGCCGCAACUUCGUCAAGUCGAUGGCGGCGUACAGCGUCAUUACUUACCUGCUGCAAAUCAAGGAUCGCCACAACGGCAAUAUCAUGAUUGACACGCAAGGCCAUAUCAUACAUAUCGACUUCGGCUUCAUGUUCGAGAGCUCGCCCGGCGGCAACUUGGGCUUUGAGCCGGAUAUCAAGCUGACCGACGAGAUGGUGCUUGUGAUGGGCGGCAAGAUGGAGGCCGCGCCGUUCCGUUGGUUCGUGGAAUUGUGUGUGCAAGCUUUCCUCGCGGUCAGGCCGUAUCAGGAAGCGAUAAUUUCACUCGUCUCUCUCAUGCUCGACACGGGAUUGCCGUGCUUCCGCGGGCAGACGAUUAAACUGCUGCGUAGCCGAUUCGUGCCGACUGCCACCGAUCGAGACGCGGCGAUCUUCAUGAUCAAUGUAAUACGUAACAGCUACCUCAACUUCCGUACGAAAACUUAUGACAUGAUACAGUAUUACCAGAAUCAAAUCCCGUAUUAAACUACCGGAGAGUCCACUUUCCUGUUCCUAAUGAGACCAGUCCAAUCUCCGCCUUCUCCUCUCCUCUUCCUCGUAAUCGUUAGUUGGUGAUGCGAACGGGUUGUUAGGUGUGUAUGUCGCAGUGAACACGCUGCUUCAUUCUGUGAAUCUAUGUACAAAUACGGUGUCGGUGUCAAUACUAUUUUUAGUCCCACGUGUAUUUUACGAAAGCGUUUCGCUCUGUAUGUAUGUAAUAAUGUAUAUUUAUCUACGAAACUAUACUUAUAUAUAUAUAUAUAUAUAUAUGAGCUAUAUAUACAUAUGUCUGCCUUACGCGGCAUAUCCAUAUAUGAACACAUUCCUGUUUAUUAAUUUAUGCACUGUUAACGAUUGAAUUAAAUUACUUUAAGUGUGCAGUUUACUUGAAAACCUUUCACCUUGCAGCACACAUUUUCAAGAAGAAAUACGUUUGGUUUUUUCUUCUUAUAAAGCAUCACAGACAACUCAGUGGCAUCUUUCUUGCAACAUUGUAUGCGACUAUUUAUUUGUUACUACUUUAGAGAAUAUAAAUAAGAUUGGACACGAUUUACAUUAAA